UUUUUUUUUGUUUUUUGUAAGCAUUUUUGUUGUUGUUCGCCGUGUAUGUGAAAAUUUCCCGAAUAUACAUUUCCACUUAAUUUGAACUAAAGACAUUACGUAAAUGAACAUCAUGGCCUUGCCGAGCAAUUACAAACAGAUUGCUGUGGGUGUUAGUGCACCCGGCACCGGGCCUGGAACGACAACGCCACUGCAAGGCGUUGGCGGCGGUGGUCCCAGCCGGUCUCGUGCGUCUGGCGGUGGUGGCGGCAAUGCCUCCGAUCGUAAUAAGGAUCAGACCCCAAUUUUCACGCAUAGCAAUUACGGCAAUCCGGCAUUUACUCCCCAAAAAGUGACAAAAUCGUCGAGUAGUAAAAACCAAAAUGAAUCUCGACUACCUAAGCCGCCAAAACCGCCAGAGAAACCUAUAUUGCCAUAUAUGAGAUACUCCAAACGUGUGUGGGACAGUGUUAAGGCACAACAUCCGGAGCUUAAACUAUGGGAACUGGGCAAAAAGAUCGGCGCCAUGUGGAAGCAGUUGGGCGAAGACGAAAAAUUGGAAUUUAUCGAUGAGUAUGAGGCUGAAAAGCUAGAGUACGAAAAGGCGCUAAAGGCGUACCACCAAACGCCAGCUUAUCAAGCAUACAUGUCUGCCAAAAGCAAAGUUAAAUCGGAUGUCUUAGAUAUGCAUGAGACUCCGUCAAGAGGUGGGGGCAGUAAGUCGCAGCACGAACGCCGCAUUGACAUCCAGCCGGCGGAAGACGAGGAUGACCAGGAUGAAGGUUAUACAGCCAAACAUAUGGCUUAUGCGCGCUAUUUACGGAAUCAUCGGCUAAUCAACGAGAUCUUUUCUGAGGCUGUGGUACCAGAUGUCCGGUCGGUGGUAACCACCCAGCGAAUGCAAGUGCUUAAGCGGCAGGUAAGCUCUCUGACCAUGCAUCAGACCAAACUGGAAGCGGAACUGCAACAAAUGGAAGAGAAGUUCGAAGCGAAAAAGCAGCGCAUGGUAGAGUCUAGUGAAGCGUUCCAGGAGGAGCUGAAAAGGCACUGCAAGCCUGCUGUGGACGAGGAAACAUUCCAAAAGAUGGUUCAUCGCAUGUACGAAGACAUCAAACGCGAUCGCCAGCGUUUAGAUGAACAAGGACAAGGGCCUCCACCUGCAUCUGCGGUCAAUGCGGAGCCCGCCAAAAAUCAACCUAGCCAACCAGGGGCCACACCGGCCUGUCAACAGGAUGCCCCGGUUCCUGUAAAAGAGACACAACCUGCCAGCAAACAAAAUCCUACACCCAACCCAUCUCCGAUUGUCCCAGCUGCCGCUGCACCCGUACCAACACCCACGCCUAUAGUACAUCAACAUGAGACGGCAAGCAAGACAGAUCCGGAGCCGAUGGAUAUUGAACCACCACCCAAGCCUUCGGUUCCACCACCGCCGAUAAAGCCAGAGAAACUGGAAAUGGCAGCUGCUCUUCCCCUCCAGUCUGCUCCUACGAUAGGAAUACCAGCGGGAUCGACCGAAGUAUCACCCAAAGAUAAUGCCUCAAAUAAAGUUGCUCCUCAUGGUAAGGUAACCACUCCAUUGCCUACUCCUACACCACCACCACAACCACUGACGAGCAACGAUUUAAAUCCGGCCACAACGAAUUCGACUCCACCUCUUCCAAAUGCAGUACAGCAGACGACACCAUUACCGCAACAACAACAACAACCACAACAGCAGCAGCCGCCGCCGCAGCAGCAACAGCAACAACAGUGUCCACCACCGCCAGGAGUAGCACAAAUGCAUCCACAUCCUGGUCAUCCACCACCGCCUGGUCAUCCGCAUUUGCCGCCACAUAUGACAGGUCCGCACCAGCCACCCCCACCAGGAAUGCCGCCAGGACUAGCGCCACCACCUCCACCCCAUGCUGGCUAUGCGAACUAUCCAUCUCCGGGUGGGCCAACACGCUCCCCGUAUUACCAACCUCAAUAUGGCGGCCAUCCCAGCGCUCAGUCCUACUAUGCACCAUCACCAUUUUCCCCCUAUCAGCAGCCUUAUGGCCCACCACCCGGUUCCCAUUACAUGAAUCCUCGUCCGCCACCGCAACACAAUGGUAAUCCGGGUGUGCAUUAUGCUGCCGAGCAUGCCACAAAUCCUCCCCCACCACCACCACAGCAGCAGCAACAACAGCAACUGCCGCCGGGCCAUAACAUGCAUGAAACUGGCUCAACUGGAGGUGGAACAGCAACAGUAAGCGGUGCACCAGCAAUCUACGGUCAGCAACCGCCUCUAACGACUGUUGCUGGUGCGGGUCCACCAGCGUCCGCAGGCGAGGGACCAGCCGGAACGGCCCCACCAUCAACAGUAGCAGCAGCACCCCCAGCAUCAGCAGCAGCUCCUCCCUCAUCUAGUGGAAAACAUGAUGCCGAAAAGCACGAAACAGAUUAGGACUAAAACGGCAAAAAGGCAUCAGCGAAUUGAAAUUCAAACUAAAGUCUCCCCGCAACCGAUCGUCGUACCCUUCCUUGGCUUUUAACUCUAGUUAUGGGAAUUAAAUUAUAUAUAUAUACAUUUUCCAAUUAUAUGUGCGUCCCUCGCGUUGUAUCAUAGCUCAUCAAUUACCCUAUAUACCCCCUAUAUCCUAUUCAAUUUAUUAGUUUAUUAUUAAUUUCCUUAUUUUUUUGACACAGCAGAAAAAUGUACUAAGUAAAACUCAAUUAAUUUUAAGCUUAAAAACCAGAUUUUAAGCGAUUGUGUAUGCACUGUAUCUGAAAAGAAAAUGUAUUAUCAUUCGAAAUAUACAGAUAACAAAACGUGUUAAA